AUGGGAAUGGCAACUCAGGAUUCCGACCUGGCCCAGCUAUGGCAGCAGGCGGUCGAGGACUACGAAAAACGGACCAAAAGGAGUCUCCGACUGGCCAAGUCGCACGACAUAAACGAUAUCAUGCAAAGUACCGAAGGACUGUCCCUUGAAUUCAAGGAAUUUCGUCACGAUCGGUCAAAAGUUGAAAAAGUGCGCACGGCAUUCAAAAACAAUAUGUGGUUGAUCGAGAAGGUGGUUAACACGGUCAAUGUGGUUGGGAGUUCGACAUCGGCAUUUCCUCCCGCGAUGCCGGCCUGCUUGAUUUUCACGGCCUUUGGGCAAGUCAUGGAGUCCUUUGCCACCGUGUCCGCGGAUUAUGACAAAGUCAUGGGCUUUUUCGACUUCACGCAUCGAUUCUUCGACAGACUCUCGAUAAUCGAGAACAGAACCCCACAGCAACAGCCCUUUCAGCGCUGCGUCUCGCGCGUCUUCUCGGGCAUGCUGAUAAUCUGCUCCGUCGCGCAGGAAUAUGCGGCGCGGAAGAGAUUCAAAAAGUGGUUCAGCAGCUUGAUCGACGGAUCGGAUGAAGCCCUUGCGGGCGCUAUCUCGAACAUGGCAGAAGCCGUGAACGAGCUCGCCCAGGCGGUCGGGCUGUCUACUCUCCGGACCGUGGAAGUUAUAGACGAGGUAGUUCAAAACAUGAACGGGAACGUCGAGUUCCUGGUGUCUCAGACCAGAGUAUUCGACAAGCGAACGGCCGCCAUUCAAUCCGACACUGGAAGAAUCAUCAAGCAGAACGAUGAGCUAGAGUCGAAGCAAGACGCCAUGACAGAAAUGCAGAAAGAAACGAUGGAGAAGCUUAACGAGCAAUCCCAGCUCCUGAAUGACGCGGUUCGAAGUUUCGGACAUAUUCAGUUGGGCGGGAAUUUUGGCGCGAGCUUCCAGACCAGCUUGUUGAAACUGGACGUGGUGCGUCUUCGACUGACCCGUUGGGGCCACGCAGUCGGUUUGGCGAACCUAAACGACGUGAAGUCACUGAAGACAGCGGACCUUGCGCCUGAGGAUAAAGAGCAGGUGCAAAGUCUUUUAGAGCAGAUUAUGGAGCUGUUCGAAGACGCCGAGUCAGCUUCGAAGCGGUUUAAGAAACGAGCUGGGAAAACGGCCGCCCCGGCGCUGGAUCCAGCUCAAGAGCUAGACAAUGUCUCAGCAUCUCUUCACCUGAAGAUGCAAAAUCUGGCCAUAAAGCGACAGGGCGAGAUCACGCUGGAGCAGAGCGAAUGGACUCUGUAUGAAGAGAAGAGCUUCAUGCGCCUGAUCGAGGAUAUCAGCGAGUUGGUGGACGGGUUGAUUGACCUCUUCCCGGAAAGUCAAGAAGAACAGCGUCGAAUGUGCGCGAGUGAAGUGUCUGAGCUGAGCACCAAUGACGAAUCACUCCAGCUGCUGAAAGAGGCUGCUGCGGGUCGGGACAAACUGCUGAGUGAUACAGUGGUCAAAGCCAUCCAUUGUACCUCUACCUACACGAACAGUGUGGUGUUCUCGGGGCCUAACAGCGGCUUCCAGGUGGGAAACAACUCGGGCAAGAUACAUGAUGUCCGCUUCAGUGGGAGGUAA